UCGUAUGAAUCGAAGGCGCUGAGCUGGGGUUCCAGGCGAUCGAUCGUCAGCCGCGGCGCAUCGGCAUCACUCGCAAAAUCUUUGUCUCCGAGCAGCGCGCAACAAUGUCGGUAAGAGGAGGCGGCGGCAAUUCAUUCAAGGCGAUCCAGGACAGCGCCAUGGAAAUGUAUCGGAACUUCGUCCCGGCGUUGCGGCGAUGCUCGUCGUCCAGGCACAAUGCCGCGGGAUGGACGCCUGGCCUUGCCGAGAGGAGGGCGAGCCACCAACAGGCAGAGAAUCUCAAGUGGCAGCAGGAUAUGUUCCUCCGGCUUGUCAACAUGAAGGGUUUGUUCCAAGAGGGACUGGUCAGUGAAUCGGAUGUCGCGUCCUUUCGCCAGAAGAUACUGGACAACAUCGAUGUUUGCUACGAUGGAGGCGAGUACCCCCAGGUCACGAGAGACAAGCUUCUGUUCCUCCAGGAGCUUCUGUACGCUCGAUGCAUCUCGGAGGAAGAGUAUCACGCGGUGAAGAAGUCGCUUCUUUACAGGCUAGCAGCCCAGGGGGCGGAGAUCAAUGCUAGUGACAUUGUCCUGUCGUGCUCGGCAGCCACCGCCAGUGCUCCAACUUCACCUGUGAGAUCAAGGAUGAAGAACGCAGAGUCAACAGGAGAUGACCCUCGGGAGAAGCUAAAGGACGAGGCAAUGCAAAGAGUAGCGAAGAGCAAGUCACCGGUGAAGCACCUGUUUGAAGCUAUGACUCGUCGCAAGCACAGUGGGAAGAAUAACGAGAGAAGAGUUCCUCACGCACUGGACUUUAUCAGGCCCAGAGACUGUCCGGCCAGAGAUCCUCCAGAGUUUGAUACCUCGGAUCAAUGCGGGUCGCCCCUCUUCCACUCUCCAAGCGGUUCCGUGUCCACGAUGGAAAGCUCUUCCAAGGCCGUCGAAGUAUGCUCUAAGAAGAACGGUUUCUUCUCUACGGUUGGAAACUCUCCCAAGGCUCCUGCUUCUGCCGAGGCAUGCUCUAAGAAGAACGGGUUAUUUUCGACGGUUGAAAGCUCUCCCAAGGCUCCCGCUUCAGUCGAGGCAUGCUCUAAGAAGAACGGGUUCUUUUCUACGAUUGAAAGCUCUCCCAAGGCAGCCGAGGCAUGCACUCAGAAGAACGGGUUCUUUUCAACGAUGGAAAGCUCUCCUAAGGCUCCUGCAUCUGCCGAAGCAUGCUCAAAGAACGGGUUUGUGUCUACGACGAUGGAAAGUCCUUCCAAGGCUCCCGCGUCUGCCGAAGCAUCCUCAAAGAAGAACGGUUUCUUUUCUGCGAUGGAAAGCUCUCCCAAGCCUCCAGUCGAAGCAUGCUCUAAGAUGUCCAAGAUAGAAAGUCCUGCAAAGGCUCCUGCAUCCACUGAAGCGUGCUCUAAGAAGAACGGCUUCGCGUCUACAUUGGAAUGUCCUUACAAGGCUGCAACACCCGUCGAAGCUAGCUCUAAAAAGAAGUUCCAAGCCAAGGGAGCCUCUACCGACUUUUAUAUUGACAAGGUUCUUGGGGAAAACAUAAAAAAGGAGCUUGAGCAUAUAAGGAGUGAGAUCAACAGGACGAGCUCUACUCAGACAUUCACGAACGAUCAAAUAGAUGCAAUUGCAACACGGCUUCCGGCCGAUAAGUCCGAGCUGAUGCGCUUCUUUCCAAAGUCUUGGUGCGAUAGAUACGGAGACGUCGUUCUGGACGUGGUGCACAAGGAAUUCAAGGGCCAUGUCAAAGACAUGGAAGCGGCAAGGAAGAAUGCGAAGGAGAAGCGGCGAGCUGAGAAUGACGAGAACAGUGGUGGCUUUUGCGAAAAUGGCGCUACAACAUUCCCAUCAAAGCCCGCAUCUAAGCAAGCGACGCCGAUUAAGAGCAGCAAAUCUAGCGUGAACACCCGGUGCUUCACAACCACGGACGAGAGCUCACCCCGGCGAGCGGCAGCCAAGAAAGUCACGUCGUUCAAUGCGAGCGUGGAGCGAUACGAGAAGGAGCUGGAUGGGAAGCUGUGCGCGGAGAUUGAGAAGCUACCACACAGAAAAACUCCUCUUCGAGUCUAGAAUAUCAUAUAAAUAAUUUAAAACUAUUCGUAGAACCAACUUUAGUUUUCGCUAAUAAAAAGAAGACAAAUAUCGUAGAUUAGAAAA